UACAUUCAUCUCCGUUAGCCAAGAAUGCUAACUGAAGUUAGCGUAGCAUGCUAGCUAGAAAUAGACGGAGAUUGAUCUCAGCUACACAGAAUAGGUUGGAUAGAGACCAAACUGUAUGUUUCUUGGACCCACAAUGUCCAGAUAAACCUGUCUGAAUGGACUCUGUGCUGUUGCCUUUAUUUAAAAAAAACAUUUAAAUUAUCUUCUGGUGUCCUACGAAGCUUGUUAGCUAGUAGACGGACCCGAACGUAACUUAGCAACCCAGCGCACGUAUCAGAGCCUCUGAGGGAGCGAACAGGUUUUAACGGAGUCUGUCUGGAGGAAAUGUUUUUGUGAUUUAGUAAAAAUGUCUAAAGUCCAAAUAAUGAGAGCUUUUGUGAACCAGCGACUAACUGCGGCUGCUGAAGAGAUAUUUGGGCUGUUUGAAAGAACGAUAACAGAGUACGAGGAGGAACUUGAGUUCAGUUUAAAAGAGAAUCACCGACAACAGAAACUACUGGACGCUGUUUUAAACCCUGAAGUCCGGUUACACAGAGCAGACAUCCAGCAGCUGUCGGUGGUUAAAGCAGAGGUUCCCCCUGAGCAGCAGGAGUGGAGCUCCAGUCUGGACCAGGAGGACCCAGAGCCCCCCCCACACAUUAAAGAGGAACAGGAGGAACUCUGGACCAGUCAGGAGGGAGAGCAGCUUCAAGGGCUGGAGGAGGCUGAUAUCAAGUUCCCGUUAACUUCUGUCCCUGUGAAGAGUGAAGAAGAUGAUGAAGAGAAAGCUCAGUCCUCACAGCUUCAUGGAAGCCAAACUGAGGAGAACAGAGAGGCAGAGAGAACAGAAGCUGAUGGAGACGACUGUGGAGGACCAGAACCAGCCAGGAACUCAGAUCCAGAUAGUCCUUUACAACCAGCUACUCAUGACAAGACUGCAGACUACUCUGAAUCUGAAUCUGAUGACAGUGGUGACUGGGAGGAGACGAGGGAACCUCAGUCAGGUUUAAACCCUCUGAAAAACAAUGAAGUAGCUGUAAGUGAUGUGGAAUGUAAUACUGGAAACACAUCAGUUAGCUCCUCUGAAUGUGCUGGAAGCUUUGGCCACAAGAAACCUCUGCAGAAACACUCUGGAGUCCAAACAGGAGGGAAACCAUUUAGUUGUUCAGUUUGUGGUAAAAGCUUCUCGCUGAAGAAGACCUUAACGAAUCACAUGAGACUUCAUUCAGAAGAAAAACGUUUCACCUGCUCAGUUUGUAAAUCACAUUUCUCUUUCAAUAGCGAAUUGAUUAGACACAUGAGAAUCCACACAGGGGAAAAACCAUUUAGUUGUAUGUUUUGUAGUAAAAGUUUUGCACACAAGCAACAUCUGAAACGUCACUUGGUCGUCCACACAGGGGAGAAAUCGUUUACUUGUUUGUUUUGUAGUAAAAGAUUUGCAAGAUCUGAAACUCUGAAACAACACGUGCACGUCCACACAGGGGAGAAAUAAUUAUGUGUUAAAGGUGUAAUAUGUAAUACUGACAGCUAGCGUUUAAAAUGGUUACUGCAGUCCAAAUUCCGAAUACUGGAGAGAGCCGGCCCCUCCUCCCCAGACUCAAAGUUUACAGGGUUGCCAGGUUGAGAACGCUGAACCCAAAGUCCCACAAUGUCAAUCAGUACGUUUACAUGCACAUAAUAUUCUGGUUUUUGCCCUAAUUCCGAAAAAGACGAUAUUCCGACUAAGCUGUUCACGAGGCUAAUGGAAGUGAGUAUUCCACUAGUAAACCUGUUUACAUGUAGCCGUGCAAAACAUUUCAAAGUUUACCAGCGGCGGAGGACUUGUU